GUCUUACAUGGUCUAUAAAUUCUUUUCGAAAGCUGUUAACUUACAGCACUUCAUCAAAGAUUACAGGGUUACAAUUAACUCCAACUUAGCACAACGUCCUCCUUCCAUAACAACCUCACAAAGCAAAGAAGAUGGGCAGCAUGACAAUCUUCAGGCUAAUCUUCCUAGUGAUGUUUCUUGGAUGGCUAAUGCUUUGGGUUAUGUUGCCGACUAAAGUUUACAAAAAUGCAUGGACUCCUAAACUCAACGGCAAGCUUAAUUCAACAUAUUUUGAAGGACAAGGCACAAAUCUUCUGCUGUUUUCGUUCCCUGUGAUGUUCAUAGCUGCCUUUGGAUGUUUAUAUCUUCAUUUACAGAAGAACCUGAGAAAGCCAAACUCCAGAAGUGUUGUCACAAGCAAUCGCCUGUCAUUCUUAAGACGUCCGGCACUCGUGGUGGCCCCUAUGGGAAUUGUUACAGCAAUGGAGCUUGCUUUUGUAGCCAUGUUUAUUGCACUCUUGAUCUGGUCUCUUGCCAACUACUUGUAUGUCAGUUUUGGACAUCUUCACAUGCAUAAACAAGGGGAGAAAGUGUGGCAAGCUAAGUUCCGAAGUGUAUCACUGAGACUUGGAUAUAUUGGAAACAUAUGUUGGGCAUUUCUCUUCUUUCCUGUCACUCGAGGAUCUUCAAUUCUGCCUCUCGUUGGACUUACAUCUGAGUCCAGUAUCAAGUAUCAUAUAUGGCUCGGUCAUCUUUCGAUGAUUCUUUUUGCUGCACAUACUGUUGGUUUCAUCAUAUACUGGGCAAUGACUAACCAAAUGGCUCUGAUGCUAGAAUGGAGCAAAACCUAUGUAUCGAAUGUUGCUGGAGAGAUUGCAACUGUACUUGCAUUGGCAAUGUGGGUGACUAGCUCUUACCGUAUUAGGCGUAAAAUGUUUGAGGUUUUCUUCUACACCCAUCAACUGUACAUUCUCUACGUAGUCUUCUAUGUAUUGCAUGUUGGUGCUGCCUAUUUCUGCAUGAUCUUGCCUGGGAUCUUCCUCUUCAUCGUAGACCGAUACCUGAGAUUCUUACAGUCACAGCGACGGGCGAGAUUAGACUCAGCUCGUCUCUUGCCAUGUGGUAGUAUUGAGCUGACCUUCUCCAAGAGUCCAGGGCUGUAUUAUAAUCCAACAAGCAUACUAUUCGUAAAUGUGCCGAGCAUUUCGAAACUACAAUGGCAUCCUUUUACUAUAACUUCAAGCUGCAAUCUGGAGCAAGAUAAGCUAAGUGUAGUUGUCAAAAGACUGGGAAGUUGGUCCCAAAAGCUUUACCGACAAAUUUCUUCUUCUGUGGAUCGUCUCGAAGUGUCUGUUGAAGGACCCUAUGGACCAACUUCAUCUCAUUUUCUAAGGCAUGAAUUGCUUGUUUUGGUGAGUGGAGGUAGUGGCAUCACUCCCUUCAUCUCCAUAAUCCGCGAGAUUAUUGUCGAAAGCACAAAACAGAACUGUCAAGUUCCUCGAGUCCUCCUUGUUUGUGCAUUCAAGAACUCAGCUGAUCUUGCCAUUCUAGACCUCUUGCUUCCAGUCAAUGGCACACCUUCAAACAUACCCCAAAUGCAGCUGCAAAUUGAAGCCUAUAUCACCAGAGAGGGAGAGCUGCCUACGGAAGAUAACCUAAAGCUUCUCCAAACCAUUUGGUUCAAGUCAAACCAACUGGACUCGCCCAUUAAUGCAAGCCUAGGCAACAACAAUUGGCUAUGGCUUGGUGCAAUAAUAGUUUCAUCAUUUGUCAUGUUUCUCCUCAUACUAGGCAUCGUCACGCGUUACUAUAUUUACCCCUUUGAUCACAGCACUGGGGAUACAUACCACUAUUCCUAUUAUGUGCUUUGGGACAUGUUUUUGCUGUGUGCCUGCAUUUUUAUAGCUUCCAGUGCAGUCUUCCUUUUUCGCAAGAAAGAGCAUGCCAUGGAAGGGAAGCAAAUUCAGAACUUGGAAGUGCCAGCUCCAACCACAUCACCGGGCUCCUGGUUUCAGAACGCCAAUAGAGAGCUCGAAAGCCAACCUCAUCAGUCACUUGUUCAAGUUACCAAGGUGCAUUUUGGUGCAAGGCCUGAUCUUAAGAGAAUUUUGUUCGAUUGCAAAGCCUCAGAUGUUGGAGUCCUGGCUUGUGGACCAAAGAAAAUGCGACAUGAGAUUGCCGAAAUUUGUUCAUCUGGCUUGGCAGAUAACUUGCACUUUGAGUCCAUUAGCUUCAACUGGUGAUGCUACUUAUUGCUAAAGAGAAUAAAAAUGGGGUUUCUUCAGUACAAUGCACUACUCUAUCAGGAACUCUUUCUUUGUGGAUAUGUACAAAGUUUUUCUUGAAAUCUUUGUAAUUUCUAUGCUUCAUAAACCCUUUUUGGCAUUAA